AUGAGCCUGAAUAGAGGACAAGAUGAAGACAAAUCUUCAAAAAUCAAGGAAAUAUAUCGAUACAAUGAAAUGUCUAAUAAGGUUCUGAAGGCUGACAAGAAUUUACAAUCUGUGCAGUCUGAUCCUCUGAGGGAUGCCGAGUUAUCCCAUCCAAAGUCAAUGAAGAAUAUGAUAUCAUAUAAAGAUAUGGGAAGUAAUGUGAGACAAGAUCUCAAUAUUAAUGAAAGAGAAACCGCAGAAAGAGAAGUUAGUAAAGCUGCAAUGGCAAAUAAUAAGGAGGAUAACAAACAUAGAAUGGACUUAUAUGCUUCUAAUAAUACCACACUCUUAAUGAAUAGUAACCAAACCAAUUUGGUAUAUCAUCCUUCUUCAAAAGAGAAUACCCUAAUAUAUAGAAGUGUUUUAGAAGGUGUUAUGAGUAUACUAGGAGAUGAUAUGCCCCAUGAUGUAAUAUUGGGAACGGCUGACAUAAUAAUAACAACACUUAAGAAAGAUGAAGAAAAUUCCGAUGGUUUGAUUGAUAAGAAAAGAUUGAGCAUAAUAUCUGACUUGGGUAUUGAAAUAAGUAAAGAUCAAUUUACAGAGCUAUAUAAAUCUGUGAAAUCUAUAACCGACUUCCAUUCAGUCAAACCCUCCAAUGACACAAAUAAAGUUGUUACAAUAUUAGCAAACAGUGACGAUGAAGAUAAUGAGGAAGAACUGAAUGUACUUGAGCAAGAGGUUAACAUGGAAGAGAAUGAAACAUAUGAGAUAAACGCUAUCGAAGAUAAAAAUCAUGUAUCUGUACCACAAAUAGACACUGCUGAUGUCUUGACAAUCGCUAAAACCCAUAAAUCAUUUUUAUCAAUUGCGAAUAUAAAUGAUGGGUUCUUGAAUACUAUAUUGGGAAAUUCUUCCAACUCAGUUAGCAUGAAACUACUUGAAAUAUUAUCCAAUUAUCAACAUGACGACGAGAAAAUUAAACAGAAUUUAACAAAAACCUUUUCAAACGCAAACGAUGCAAUGAUGGAUGAUAUAAUAACCAAUAGAUCGACCAUAUAUUGGGGUUUGAAGUUAAAUAUGAGUAAUGCACAAGGAAUUUCAAAAAUACUUCACGAAAUGAGGGAGAAAGGUUUGAAUAAUCUUGUGCAAGAAUACGAAAUAAAUAUGCUAGAAAAUGGAAAAAGAGUUCGAGAUGAUGCAACAGCUGAGGAAGAUAGCGCACACUUGACUAAUUCUAAAAAACAUAAAUCUACACAACGAAAUGAAAUAGCACUUCUAGAUCUAAACACUAUUAAAUUUGAUCAAGGUUCGGAAUUGAUGACAAAUAGCAAGGUCAAAUUACCGGAAGGUUCGUUUAAAAGAAUGAAACCCGAGUACGAUGAGAUCCACAUACCCCCACCUGCAAAAGCUGAAAUAGAUUAUGAUUUAGUUCCAAUAACAGCUUUACCAAACUGGGCAAGGAAGGCCUUCCCAUCAGGAGAAACCGAAUCAUUAAAUGCUGUACAAUCCAAAGUGUUUCCAGUAGCCUUUGAAAGUGAUCACAAUAUACUUCUGUGUGCACCAACAGGUGCCGGUAAAACAAAUGUGGCCAUGCUAACAGUUUUAAGAACAUUAACCAAAUAUUAUAACGAGGCUACCAACACUUUUAAGGUCAACAAAUUCAAAAUAGUAUAUAUCGCCCCCUUGAAGGCAUUAGUACAAGAACAAGUAAGAGAAUUUCGGAGAAGGCUAUCUCCAUAUAGCAUUAAGGUUUCAGAAUUAACUGGUGACUCAAGAUUAACUAGACAGGAGAUAGAAAAUACUCAGAUUCUCGUGGCUACACCUGAGAAGUGGGAUAUUGUAACAAGAAAAGCAAGCGACAAUUGGUAUACAGAUUCCGUAAAACUACUAAUUAUAGACGAAAUACACUUAUUGCAUGACGAGAGAGGACCGGUUCUUGAAUCAAUCGUUGCAAGAACACUACGAUCCAAUGAUUAUGUAGAUAAACCAAGAAUCAUCGGUCUUUCCGCAACUUUACCAAAUUACACAGACGUUGCUACUUUCUUAAGAGUACCUAAAGAAGGAAUUUUCUAUUUCGAUGCCUCCUAUAGACCAUGUCCAUUGUCACAACAGUUUUGUGGGAUUAAGGUGGAAAAUUCUCUAAAGAAAAUAAAUGCUACCAAUUUUGCAUGUUAUGAGAAAGUUGUUGAGUCACUUCAAGAGGGUAAUCAAGUAAUUAUAUUCGUUCAUUCCAGAAAGGAAACAGGCAGAACCGGUGAAUAUUUAAGAAAAAAGUUUAUUGAAUCAGAGACCACCGAGAAACUAAUCAGUAAUGAAGCAGGUUCAAAAGAAAUUCUAAAUUCUGAAUCAUCAAAUAUUGUUAACUCUGACUUAAAGAAGUUAGUUACUUAUGGUAUAGGUAUCCAUCAUGCGGGUUUAUCGAGGGAAGAUAGAUCUACGUCCGAAGAUAUGUUUGCCGAUGGUCUAUUAAAAGUCCUAGUUUCUACUGCUACCUUAGCAUGGGGUGUUAAUCUACCUGCUCAUACUGUAAUCAUAAAGGGAACUGAUGUAUAUUCACCAGAACAAGGUAAUUGGAUCCGGUUAUCACCUCAAGAUAUUUUGCAAAUGUUAGGUAGAGCAGGUAGACCAAGGUAUGACACUCAUGGGGACGGUAUUAUUAUCACCAACCAAUCCGAUAUCCAAUACUAUCUUGCAGUAUUAAAUCAACAGUUGCCGAUUGAAUCACAGUUAAUCUCGAAAGUAGUAGAUAAUCUGAAUGCCGAAGUAGUUGCAGGUAAUGUAAAAUCAUUGCCCGAAGCAGUGGAUUGGUUAAGGUAUACCUAUUUUUAUGUGCGAAUUCUCAUGUCUCCAGAGCUUUAUAAGGUACCCCAGGUUGCAGGUGAUGAAACAUUAGAGCAGUUCAGAAGACAAUUGAUGCAUACUGUAUUCUCAAUAUUAGCACAGCAAAAUCUUCUUAUAUACAACGAAGAUACAGGUGCAGUAAAAUCUACCGAACUGGGUAAAAUUUCUUCGUACUUUUACAUCAAAUAUGAGUCCAUGCAUAUGUAUAAUCAGGAAUUGUCUGAGAACAUUUCUCUUAUGGAUAUAUUUAGAAUUUUCACGCUAUCUGAUGAAUUUAAGUACUUUUCAAUUAGGCCAGAGGAGGUUGGAGAAAUACAUGACUUGUAUUCCAGAGUACCGAUUCCUAUAAAAAGUGAUAUUGAGGAAGCCUCUACUAAGGUGAAUGUUCUACUCCAGGCAUAUAUUUCCAAUCUAAAACUAGAAGGGUUCGCACUCCAAGCGGACAUGGUUUUUAUCCAGCAGAGUGCAGGAAGAAUUAUAAGGGCAAUGUAUGAGCUGUGCUUAAAAAAAGGGUGGUCAACCCCUACAAAAAUAUUACUAACUCUAAGUAAAUGCAUUAGUAGAAGAAUGUGGAAUACAAACUCACCUCUAAGGCAAUUUAAUCGUUGUCCAACCGAAGUUAUUAAGAAAACGGAAUCUUCAAAUCUACAAUGGAAAGAAUAUUUAUCAUUGAAAUCACCUUCACAGGUUGGAUAUUCAAUUAGGAUCGAGAAAUACGGGAAAUUAAUAUACGACUUAGUCCAGAGGUUUCCGAAAGUUAAAAUGGACUGUGUUGUGCAGCCAAUAACACCAAGUUUACUCAAUUUUCAAGUAGAGGUGACACCUGAAUGGAUUUGGGAUGAUAAAAUUCAUGGAUCGGCCGAAUCUUUUCUCAUAUUAGUUGAAGACUUAGCUGGCUCAGAAAUUUUACAUUCCGAAACUUUAAUGAUCAGACCUGAUGCUAUUGGCAAAGAGAUAAUGUUAGAUUUUUGCAUACAACUAUCAUCAACUCAACAGAAGCGAAUGCCUCCAAACAUAUUUGUCUCAAUUGUAUCAGAGAAAUGGUUACAAUGUGAAGAUCAGGUAGCAGUUCGUCUCGAUAAUGUUAUAUUGCCCAAAAAAUUUCCUGCGAUAACUAAACUAGAAGACAUUGAGUUAAUUGAGACUUCGUCAUUGAACGAAACCUUCGGUCCUAUUUUCGAUUUUGACAAAUUUAAUUUGAUACAAUCAAAUGUUUUCGAACCAUUAUAUAACAGUAAUGAAAAUAUAUUCAUUGGAUGCUCAAAGGGAUCCGGUAAAACAGUACUGGCUGAAUUGGCAAUCUUGAAUCAUUGGAGGCAAAAUGGUGGAAGAGUGAUUUACCUGACACCGUCACGAACCAAGAUUCAGAGGCUAAAAAAAUAUUGGUCGAAGAAAUUUAUAGAUAUUGCAGAUGGGAAGGUAAUCAGUGAACUAACAGAUAACUUGUUAGAAAAUAAUCGUAUUCUUGGUCAAAGUCAUCUUACACUGGCAACGCCAAAUCAGUUUGAUUUGUUGUCACGUAAAUGGAGACAGAGGAAGAACGUCCAAAGGAUCGAUCUUAUGAUUUUUGAUGACGUCCAUGAAAUGAGUAGUGGCAUUAGAGGUUCAACAUACGAAAUAUUAGUAUCUAGGAUGAUGUUCAUUGCCUUCCAAUUAGAAAAGGAACAAAGAAUCGUUGCAUUAUCAUCUCCGAUUGCAAAUAGUAGGGAUUUUUCAGAAUGGAUGGGAAUAGAGAAAAACAAUAUAUUCAAUUUCUCUAUUCUAGAAAGGAACGAACCCGUAACAAUACAUUUAGAGGUGGAAGAAGAAUUGUCUAAUGACAGUAGCCCCAGAAAUAUAGUGCAUAAAAUUUUUGACCUUUCCCUCGAGGAUAAUUGCAUUCCAAUCAUUUAUCUACCAAAUAGGAGAACGUGCAUCAAUGUUGCAUCUUAUUUGGCCUCAACAGCAAAUAGAAGAAAUAUUGAUCUCCAAAAGAUGGAUGAAGAACAAAUGAAGGAAUAUGUGGAAAAGAUAAAAGAUAAACAACUUGCAAUUUCUCUUGGGAAAGGUGUCGGAUUUAUAUACUCAAACAUGGAUAAAAGAGAUCGCAAUGUGACCGAAAAACUUCUAAACUCUGGUGCUCUUUCAUUCUUACUGGUGACUAAAGAUUGCUGUCGGGAUACCCUAAAAUCCAAUUUGAUUAUCGUUUGCGGUACCGAAUCAUAUAACAUAAGAGAUCAUCAUUCAAAUAAUUAUACCGCAAAUGAAGUUUUGGAAAUGAUAGGUAACACUAAAGCUAAAGAAGUUGGUAAUGCUAAAGUUAUCAUUUAUACUACCUCAUCAAGAAAAUAUUAUUACAAGAAAUUUUUACAGGAACCAUUACCAUCUGAGAGUUUCCUAUAUUUUAAUUUUCAUGAUAUAUUAAUUAAUGGCAUUAGCAAUUCGAUUAUCAAAACUAAGCAAGAUUGUGUGGAUUGGUUAACGUACACAUAUUUUUAUAGAAGAAUUCACGCUAAUCCAACAUUUUACGGAGUUAAAAAUUCGACAGAAUAUGGGAUAUCUGCCUAUCUAACUGAGCUAGUUGAAUCUACUCUAAAUGAUCUAUCACAACUCUCGUUAAUAGACUUAAAUGAAUCACCAUCUGAUAAGGAACAAAAGGCCAAUUAUGAAGAUAACGUCGAAGACUCAGAUGAGUCAAUAGCCCCAUUGAAUGGGUGUUUAAUUAGCGCUCAUAAUAACGUAACUUUUGUUACUAUGCAUUCUUUCAUCACGAACGUUACAAGAAGUGCCACAUUGGGUCAAUUGUUGGAGAUAUUGUCAACAGCUAACGAAUUUGAAAAUAUUCCGCUUAGAAUUGAAGAUUAUACAAAGCUUAUGAAAUUGCAAGGAUUACUUCCAAUCAAAUUUAAGGGUUCUACAGAAUCAGAUAGUACAAGUUUUAAAGUAUUUAUAUUACUUCAAGCUUAUUUCUCAAGAAUUGAAUUGCCAUUCGAUCUGAAGUUAGAUUUGAAUCUUAUAUUAGGUGAGGUAACUCCAUUAGUCAAUGCUUUUGCGGAUAUACUUGCUGGAAAUGGUUUCUUGAAUGCCACCACAGUAAUGGAUAUAUCACAAAUGUUGUCACAGGCUGUAUGGGAUGUAGAUAACCCAUUAAGACAAAUCCCAUACUUCAGUGAAAGUAUUUUAGAAAAGUGUAAGGAUAAAAAUGUUGAAACCGUGUACGACAUAAUGGCUCUAGAGGAUGAAGAACGUGAUGACAUUUUAACAAUGGACAUGGACAAGGUGAUGAUGGUCGCUGAUUUUAUUAAUAAGUAUCCAAAUAUUGAAAUGAAAUAUUCAAUGGACAACAUUCAAAACAUCGUCGCAAACGAAUUAAAUAAACUAACAGUAACAAUUAUGAGAGAUGAUGAACCUGAAUCGCUAUCUGUAGUCUCUGAAAAUUUUCCUGUCGAGAAAAAAGAAGGUUGGUGGAUUGUAGUAGGCGAUGUAUCAAAAAGGGAACUUUAUGCAAUGAAGAAGGUAUCUUUAAAGGAGGAACAUAACGAAUAUCAGAUCGAAUUCAUAUUACCAAAUCCAGGUGAUCGUUCUAUCACAUUAUGGUGCAUUUGCGAUUCAUACAUGGAUACCGAUAAAGAAGUCACAUUCAAUGUUACAGUUAAAUAG